AUGGCAGGAAAUGAAGAUUCCCCUUCUCACACUGUUUCUGCUCAAGAAAUUCAGGAAGUGCGUGCACAAAUGCAACAAUUGAUGCAAGGGAUGCAAGCGCUUCAACAAUCACUACAGCAGCAACACGGGGAGCAUCCACCUCAUGAUGAUGAACACAUUGAGGAUGAUGAUCAACAUGCCGGUGGCGGUGGUGGUGGUCGUGGCCAAGGAUUCGCUGCUGGUUUUGAUAACUUUGCAGGUGGCCGUGGCCGAGGAUUUGCUGCUGGUUUUGGUCGUGCACGACGUGUCCCUGUUGGGCAUCCUCCUGAUUUUGAUGCUGAAACGUUUUCAAAUUAUAGUGCUGAACAUGGAGGUGAUCCUUAUGGUCGCCGUGGUGCAUAUGAUGAUCAUGGUGGUGACAACUUUGGCCGUUUUGGAACCCAUGGUCGUUAUGGUGAUCACCGUCGGCGUCAUCAUGAACGACGUCACAAUGAUGAUGGUUUGGGCAAGGUUAAAGUGUCCAUUCCUCCAUUCAGCGGCAAGGAGAAUGCUGAUGAUUACUUUGAAUGGGAAACCAAAGUGGAGCAACUAUUUGAUUUGUAUGAAUACCCUGCUGAAAAGAAGGCAAAGCUUGCAGCCAUUGAGUUCAAAGGCUAUGCCAUAACUUGGUGGAAUCAGAUCCGUACUGAAUAUCAUAGAGUUGGGCAUGACCGUAUAACUUGGGAAGACAUGAAGAGGGAAAUGCGACGUCGUUUUGUUCCUGCAUAUUAUUCUCGUGACCUACAUUUGAAGCUGAAACGUCUUGUGCAAGGGAUAACUGAAGAUGAGGAAUCCACAAUGGCCCGGUUUAUGGUUGGCCUCAAUAAAUCCAUUGCUGAUAAAGUGGAUAUGACAAAUUACACUUGUCUCACUGAGUUGGUUCAUUUUGCAAAGAGGGCUGAACGCAAGGGGAUGUCACGCCUCAAUUCCAACAGCAAGGAGCUGCAACGCCCAAAUCCUCAUCUCGUGGAGCAAAUAGAUCUAUUCCAACUUCUUCGAAACAAUUGGAUGCGAAAGCAAGCUGAAUGUCCCAAUCGUCAUACUAUUAUUGCACUUGCUGAUGGUUCUUAUGAUUCACAAAGUGAAGAGGAGGACGAGUUUACCACUGUAUUUGCAGAUCUUAAUCUUGACACUUGUGAGUAUUCAGCAGAGGAUGUUUCUCCAUCUUCCGACGAGAUUACUAGUGCUGAUUUUGAUGAGUUGCUUGCUGAUUUUCCUGAUUUGAAGCCUUCUAUAAUGAACACACCAUCUCCUUCUUUGGUGGUUAGGCGAGUUCUUUCCACUCAAUUUGUUGCUGCUGAACAAGGACAACGCCAUAAUUUGUUUCAAUCCCGAUGCAAAGUGAAAGGACAAGUGUGCCGUUUCAUCAUAGAUGGUGGGAGCUGCAAUAAUAUUGUUAGUGCUUUGCUUGUUGAUAAGCUUGGUUUGCAGCCACGUCGCCAUCCACAUCCAUACCAUAUGCAAUGGUUGAAUAAUUCUGGGACAGUUAAGGUUUCAGCGAUGAUUCGUUUGUCAUUUUCUAUUGGUGAUUAUCAUGGAGAGGUUGAUUGUGAUAUUGUCCCCAUGCAAGCAUGCCAUUUGCUGCUUGGUCGGCCCUGGCAAUUUGAUGUGGACUCGGUGCAUUUUGGACAGUCUAACAAAUACACUUUCAUUCACAAUGACAAGAAGGUGGUUCUUGUUCCAUUAUCUCCAGAGGAGAUACAUACUUCAGAUAUGGCUCGCAAGAAAAGAGAGGAAUCAGACAAAAGAAAAUUGAGUGAGACCCCCAACCCAAGUAAGGGAGAGAGUUCUAACCCAUCCAGCCACAUAAAACCUCAUGCCAAUCCUAAACAGCCACGCCACACUGAGUGUCUCUUUGUGAGCAAGAGUGAUUUGAGAGAAGUGAGAAACACCACAGCCCCAUUCUUUGUGCUCUUGCACAAGGAGGUCCUACUUUCAACUAACAAUUUACCUUCAUCGCUGCCUAGUGUUGUUCUUGAUCUCUUACAGGACUUCGAAGAUGUUUUUCCCGAUGAGAUACCAGCUGGACUUCCUCCACUCCGUGGAAUUGAGCAUCAAAUUGAUUUAGUACCAGGUGCUUCGCUUCCAAAUCGUCCAGCCUACCGCACCAAUCCUGAAGAAACAAAGGAAAUUCAGCGACAGAUAGAUUUGCGUAGUGGUUAUCAUCAAAUCCGCAUGAAACUUGGUGAUGAAUGGAAAACAGCGUUUAAAACUAAAUUUGGUCUCUAUGAAUGGCUUGUGAUGCCAUUUGGCUUGACAAAUGCUCCUUCAACUUUUAUGCGCUUAAUGAAUCAUGUUUUACGAGCUUUCAUUGGCAAGUUUGUAGUUGUUUAUUUUGAUGAUAUUCUGAUCUAUAGCAAAUCAUUUGAUGAACAUCUUGAUCAUAUCCGUCAAGUACUUGCUGUUUUGAGGGAAGAGAAAUUGUAUGGCAACAUUGCUAAGUGCACCUUUUGCACAGACCGUGUUGUUUUCCUUGGCUUUGUUGUUUCCGCAGAUGGUAUUCAGGUUGAUGAAGAGAAGGUUAAAGCAAUAAAGGAUUGGCCUACACCGGUAAAUGUGAGCCAAGUUCGAAGCUUUCAUGGUCUUGCAGGUUUUUACAGGCGUUUUGUUAAAGAUUUCAGCAUGAUCGCUGCACCCCUCAAUAAUUUGACAAAGAAGGAUGUUCCAUUCAAGUGGGGAGAUGAACAAGACCAAGCCUUCAAUGAGCUGAAAACAAAGCUUUGUGAAGCACUGCUGCUACAACUUCCUGAUUUUGGUAAGACAUUUGAGAUCGAAUGUGAUGCAAGUGGUAUUGGCAUAGGAGGUGUACUGCUGCAAGAAGGUAAACCUGUUGCCUACUUUUCUGAAAAGCUAAAUGGUCCACAUCUAAAUUACUCAGUUUAUGACAAGGAGCUUUAUGCGUUAGUUCGUGUUUUGGAAGUUUGGCAACAUUACUUGUUCCCUAAAGAAUUUGUAAUCCAUUCUGAUCAUGAAGCUUUGAAAUAUCUUAAAAGCCAAGGCAAGCUGAACCGUCGACAUGCUAAAUGGAUUGAGUUCAUUGAAACGUUUCCCUAUGUUGUCAAACAUAAGCGUGGUAAAGAUAACAUUGUUGCCGAUGCCUUGUCUAGAAGAUGUGCAUUGAUUACACAACUAGAUACAAAAGUGCUUGGUUUGGAAUCCAUUAAAACACUUUAUGCUGCUGAUGCUGAUUUUAAAGAACCUUUCUCUCGUUGCAUUGAUGGAAAAGGUUGGGAUAAAUAUUAUGUGCAUGAUGGCUUCUUAUUUCGGACUAACAAAAUAUGCAUCCCAGCUUGUUCGAUUCGCCCAGUUCUUUUGCAGGAAGCACAUGAAGGUGGACUAGCUGGUCAUUUUGGUGUCAAAAAGACAUUGGACAUGCUCUCCGAUCAUUUCUUUUGGCCACAUAUGCGACGUGAUGUCCAGCGGCACGUUGGGUGCUACAUCGUUUGCUUGAAAGCUAAGUCCCGCCUCAAUCCCCAUGGUUUAUAUACUCCAUUACCUAUUCCACAUGUACCUUGGGAAGAUAUAUCUAUGGACUUUGUUCUGGGGUUACCUCGGUCUCAGAGGGGGAGGGAUUCUAUUUUUGUUGUUGUAGAUCGCUUUUCUAAAAUGGCACAUUUUAUCCCUUGUCAUAAGAGCGAUGAUGCUUCACACGUUGCUGAUUUGUUUUUCAGGGAGAUUGUUCGUUUACAUGGAGUUCCAAAGACUAUUGUUUCAGACCGGGAUACAAAAUUUCUCAGCUACUUUUGGAAGACAUUGUGGGCUAAGCUUGGCACAAAGUUGUUAUUUUCAACCACUUGUCAUCCACAAACGGAUGGGCAAACUGAAGUUGUCAACCGUACCUUGUCAACCAUGUUGCGUGCUGUGUUGAAAAAGAAUUUGAAGCUCUGGGAAGACUGCCUUCCACAUGUUGAAUUUGCUUAUAACAGGGCAGUCCAUUCCACAACAAACUCUUGUCCAUUUGAAAUAGUUUAUGGGUUUAAACCGCAUACUCCCAUGGAUCUUUUGCCUUUACCAUUACAGGAACAAGUUAACUUGGAUGCCACAAAAAGAUCAGACUUUAUCAAGCGGUUACAUGCGGAGACAAGAAAGAAUAUUGAGAAGAAAUCAGCACAAUAUGCAAAGCAAGCAAACAAAGGUAAGAAGAAGGUUACAUUUCAGCCAGGAGAUCUUGUAUGGUUGCAUCUACGAAAGGAUCGCUUUCCCCAACAGCGUAAGAGUAAGUUAUCUCCUCGGGGUGAUGGUCCGUUCAAGGUUCUCCAAAAGAUAAAUGAUAAUGCUUACAAAAUUGAGCUGCCACCUGAAUAUUCCAAUGUGAGUACAACAUUCAAUGUCAAAGACUUGCUUCCAUUUGUUGGUGAGCCUGAGUCGAGGACGACUCCUUCUCAAGAGGGGGAGGCUAAUGAGGACAUGCCUAGCAUUCACUCAUCUUCAAAUGAAACUCCACUUGAUAUAGCUGGUCCAAUUACAAGGAGUAGAGCUAAACAAUUGCAGAAGGAAAUUCAUUCUCAGGUGAACGCUAACCUUAUGUUUAAUAAUCAGUCUAUGUUGAAUGAGCCUAUGCUUUUGAGUUCUUGUUUCAAUGUCCUUAGGAAUGAUGGAGUGUAUGAACCAGCAUGGGAUCAAGAUGGAUUCAAGCCUCUGGACAUCUGA